UAGAGAAGAUGCUGCGCAGCUUGGCCCUGCUCUUCCUCCUCUCACUCUGCUUAACCUCCGGCUUCCAGAUGCUGCCGGAGGAGGCCGCACCCCGCCGUGCACGCUUCUCUGCCAACAGCCCAACUGAUGUGGCCAGAUGUUUGAGUGGAGCUGUAGCUGUGGGCUGUGGAUUCUUUUCAUGCCUCGAAAACUCAACUUGUGACACUGAUGGGAUGCACGAGAUAUGUGAGCUGUUCUUUCAUGCUGCUGCUACCUUUAAUACAGAAGGUAAAACCUUUGUGAAGAAGAGCCUGCAAUGCAUUUCCCAGGGAAUCUCUAACAAAGUGUUCCAGACCAUUCGGCGCUGCAACAUCUUCCAGAGGAUGAUAGCUGAGGUUCAAGAGGAGUGUUACACAAGUCUAGACAUCUGCACUAUGGCUCGAUCUAACCCUGAUGCUAUUGGAGAGGUUGUGCAAGUGCCGACUCACUUCCCCAACAGAUACUACAUCACACUGCUGCAGACCCUGCUGACCUGCGAUGAGCAGACGGUGACAACAGUGAGGGCAGGGGUUAUGGCCCGCCUGGGGCCUGACAUGGAAAGUUUCCUUCAGCUUUUCCAGAAUAAACCCUGCACCCCCAGCUCUGACUCCACAGCCUACAACAGCCCAGCCAUUUGGAGGAACAUGCCUGUUUUUAACAUUCAGCCUGGCUUCAGAGGCCGCGACCCAACGCACCUGUUUGCCAAAAGAUCUGCAGUCAACCUGAAGAAGAAGCAAGUUCAAGUGAAUGAAAAAUAA